UAGCACGUCGACGAGUGUCUCGUUCAGUCGGCCGACCGACAGUCGAGAUGAAGAUGGCCGCCGAAGUGAGGUGGCUACUAGUCCUUCUAAUAUGCUGCGCCGUCUCGCCGAGCCGCGGCGAGACGCCGCAUAGGAAAUUCGAGUACAAGUACUCGUUCAAGCCGCCGUACCUCGCGCAGAAGGAUGGCAGCGUACCGUUCUGGGAAUACGGCGGAAAUGCCAUUGCUAGCUCAGAGAAUGUGAGAGUUGCACCAUCACUCAGGAGUCAGAAAGGUGCUAUAUGGGCAAAGCAACCCAUAAAUUUUGACUGGUGGGAGGCGGAGAUAUUAUUCCGCAUAAGCGGUCGUGGCAGGAUAGGAGCAGAUGGCUUAGCAUUCUGGUACACAACCGCGAAAGGCGCCUACAACGGCAGCGUCUUUGGCAGUUCGGACAUGUGGACAGGACUGGGAGUUUUCUUCGAUUCUUUCGACAAUGACAAUAAGCACAACAAUCCAUACAUUAUGGCAAUUGUCAACGAUGGAAUGCAGAACUUCGAUCAUACGAAUGAUGGCUCUACGCAGCAGUUGGCGGGGUGUUUACGAGAUUUCCGCAAUAAACCAUUCGCCACGCGAGCACGGAUAGAAUAUUACAGGAAUACGUUGACCCUAUUGUUCCACAACGGUAUGACGAACAACGAACAAGAUUACGACAUUUGCUUCCGAAUAGAUAACAUUAUAUUACCGAAGAAUGGAUACUUUGGAAUUUCCGCUGCUACUGGUGGCCUAGCCGAUGAUCACGAUGUUUUGCACUUCCUAACUACCUCUCUGUACCCACCCGGACAGUUGCCGGUGGAUAAGCACAAGGUUUCGUUAGAAGAACAGGCCAAACUCAAUCAGGAAUACUUGGAUUAUCAGAAGAAAAUGGAGGAGCAGAAAAAUGAGUAUCGCAAAGAGAAUCCGGAGGUUACCGUAUCCGAGGACUAUUUCGAGUCGGAGAACCAAAGGGAAUUACGACAGAUAUUCGACGGUCAAAGUCAGACGUUCGAAAUUUUGCGCGAGCUUCACAGGAAGUUAGACGAGGUUGUCGGUAGGCAGGAGCGAACGUUGAGUCUGAUAUCUCAGGUUCAAGCGGGCGGUGUGCAAGUACCGGGUGGCCACGCGGGUCAGCCUGUGCUGAUCGACACUAUACGUCGUCAGGAAGUCGACGCUGUGCUGACGAAUCAAAAUGCUAUAUUGAGCACAGCCAGGGAAAUCAAGUCGUUCGUGACUGAUGUUCACUCAAAAGCUGAGUCGAUUCUCAACCAUCAAACGCGCGCUCCAACGGCACAGGUGCAGCCGAUGGGAUACGAUUAUCAAUCGCUCAUAACUGAGAUGCGAGAUGGGUUAAACACGUUGAAAAAACAAAUGAGGCAGACAGAAUGUCCUAGUACCAAUUGUUUAACGGUCAGCAUGUUCUUGCUAUUCAUCGGGAUACAAAUGUUAAUAUUAUUGGGAUACAGUCUCUAUCGGGACAAUAAGGAGGCACAGAUGAAGAAACUCUACUAACACACUCAUCGUCCGGUUCCACAUGGUGAACGUACAAUACAUUCUCUGUUUGUGAAUUAUGUCUUAAUAUUUUUAUUACUCGUUAAUCGUACUCGCGAAGAAUACGUCCCGACAUUUGUACAAUAAAUGCAUCCUUCAUCUGCCAGAUGGAUCUGAAAUUAUGCGUUGAGUAUCGCCUCCGCGAAGAUCACGAAAGCAUUUCAUGAUGAUGUGACUGUCUCGCUGUUUCAACCGUUUAAAGGGAAGAUUCAUGUAUUACAACUUAUUGACUUCUGGCAGGGCGUGCACGUAUUUCGAGGGAAAGAUUGGAUCGAAGUUACGAAUUAGAUAAUCGAUAGUGUCUCGAAGCUAUCAAGUGUUCGUUUCGCAAUUUUCCUUUUUUUUUUCUUUUGAGUCGUUAUACAUAUAAUAUAUACAUAUAUAUUUUUUUACUGUCGCGGUUGUUGCGCGAACGUCUUUAGCGUUACGCACACGUAUUCGUUUUCGUGGUUUUCCUUUAUUAUAGCGUUAUUAUACCGUGAUAUGAUUAUUGAUUUGUCGUUGCGCUGAUAACGAAGCUUUCGAUGCAGAUCUUUGUACAUUUUAUAUGAAGAGCAUUUAGUACUUGAGUAUAUGAUGCUUACGAUUACGUUGUCUGUAUCGUCACUCGAUAAACGUGAUCAACUAUUCCAUCAGAGGCAGUUGUAGCGGAGAAUGUCGUAUGUUUAAAGGUAUAUUCGCGCGUACCAAUUCUCAUUGUCGUGUAAACUCGAUCAUGAGCGACGACUACGUGUUUGAAGCUACAGUGAGGACUCUGACUAACGUUACAUGUAUAAGAUGUAUGAGCAGUAGUGAUAGUAUUGGGGGUGGAAUGGGAGGAUCUCUAAGUUUGUUAUUCCCCACAUCAUUGCACAUUUGUAAAAAUUUAUUGAAUACUGUAAAUGCAUAAUGAUAUAUAUAUAUAUCUGAUAAUAAAAAUACAAGGAGAAAAACCAA